CGAGGCUCCUCCCAUUUGUACUUAUUAUAAGGGUUUGAAGACAACAGAGUGUCUUUGCAGAACUGAAAAAUGGCUGUUGUUGAGUCUCUGCUGUAUAUUCCAGGUGUCGCAGGUACAUUACUGGGAGCUUUGCUGGUGUUAUUGCUCUUAUCUCACCUUUCCUCAGACUACAAAUCUCAGAAAGAAGGGAAAGAGCCACCGGGACCCAAACACUUGCCACUAUUGGGAAACUUGCUGACGCUUGACCUAACGAGACCUUUUGACAGCUUUUGUGAGCUCUCCAAGACCCACGGGAACAUAUUCCAAGUGUUUUUGGGUCCUAAAAAAGUUGUGGUAUUAGUUGGAUACAAAACCGUCAAAGAGGCUCUUGUCAACUAUGCAGAUGAGUUUGGGGAGCGAGAUAUUACACCUGGUUUCAGGAUACUUAAUGAUGGUCACGGGAUCCUCUUUUCCAAUGGAGAGAACUGGAAAGAAAUGCGACGCUUCGCUCUCAGCAACCUUCGGGACUUUGGGAUGGGCAAGAGAGGAAGUGAAGAGAAAAUUAUAGAGGAAAUUCAAUAUCUGAAAGGAGAAUUUGAUAAGUUGGAAGGGAAACCCUUUGACACGACACAGCCUGUGAACUACGCUGUGUCAAACAUCAUCUCGUCUAUCGUGUACGGCAGCAGAUUUGAAUACACUGACCCUCGAUUCACUGAAACAGUCGACAGAGCAAAUGAAAAUGUUCGGGUUAGUGGAUCGGCAUCUAUGAUGCUAUAUAAUAUAUUUCCAUGGUUGGGUCCAUUCCUAAACAGCAAAAGGAUUAUUAUGAGGAAUUUGAAGAAAAAUAGAGCAGAAAUUGUGAAAUUAAUCACUGGACUGCAGGAGACUCUAAAUCCACAUGACCAAAGAGGGUUUGUCGACUCUUUUCUCAUCCACAAACAGAGUGAUGAGAAAUCCGGCAAGAAGGACUCGUACUUUCACCAUGAGAAUCUUCUCAUGUCGGUGGGAAAUCUGUUUGUUGCUGGUACUGACACCACAGGAACGACUCUGCGCUGGGGUUUGAUGCUUAUGGCCAAAUACCCUCAUAUACAGGAUCGAGUUCAGGAGGAGAUUGACAAAGUGAUCGGUGGACGUCAGCCAGUGGUGGAAGACAGAAAGAAAUUGCCAUAUACAGAUGCUGUGAUUCAUGAAACCCAGAGACUGGCAAACAUAGUACCCUUGAAUCUCCCUCAUAUGACCAGCUGUGACGUUACCUUCAAUGGAUACUUCAUCAAGAAGGGCACCACUGUAGUUCCUCUGCUGACGUCUGUUUUGAAGGAUCCAAGCGAAUGGGAAAAACCAAACAGCUUUUACCCAGAACACUUCCUUGAUGAGAAGGGCCAGUUUGUGAAGAGAGAUGCUUUCAUGCCCUUUUCUGCAGGAACAUUAAUCUGCUGCUUGCUUCUGCUCUUAGCUGUUUAUCUCCUGUUCUUCCGGUCUCAGAGAGACGAAAAUGAACCUCCAGGGCCAAAACCAUUGCCACUUUUGGGAAAUCUGCCAAUGUUAGACGUCAACAAACCCUAUUUGAGCCUGUGUGAGAUGGCAAAGCAGUUCGGCCCGGUUUUCACAGUCUACUUUGGUCCAAAGAAAGUGGUUGUGUUAGCCGGCUACAAAACCGUGAGGGAAGCUCUUGUUAAUCAUGCAGAUGAAUUUGGAGACAGAGAAAUCUCGCCACUGUUCCAUGAUUUAUCUAAAGGGCAUGGUAUUAUAUUUGCCAAUGGAGAAAGUUGGAGAGAGAUGAGACGGUUUGCUCUCACCAACUUACGAGACUUCGGGAUGGGAAAGAAAAAAAUUGAGGAGAAAAUCAUAGAGGAAACAUGCCAUUUACUAGAGGAAUUUGAGAAGUUUGAAGGAAAGCCUUUUGAAACCACACGGCUGAUGAACUACGCUGCCUCAAGUGUCAUCUGUUCCAUUGUGUAUGGACGCAGGUUCGAGUAUACAGACCCUCAGCUACGGAGUAUGGUGGAUCGAGCCAAUGAGAGCGUCAGGCUGAGCGGGACAGCAUCUGUGCAGCUCUACAACAUGUUUCCGUUCUUAGGUCCAUGGCUCAAGAAUUUGAAACUAAUCAUGAAUAACCUAGCACUCGAUAUCAAAGAGAUAUCAGAGGUGGUGAGCAGUUUACAUCAAACACUGAACUCACAGGAUCUCAGAGGCUUUGUGGAUUCAUUCCUCGUCCGCAUGCAGAAUGCAGAGGAAUCUGGAGAGAAGAACUCACUUUUCCAUAAGCAGAACCUCAUUUUAACAGUUGCCAACCUGUUCGUCGCUGGUACAGACACUACUAGUACAACACUGCGCUGGGGCUUGCUGCUUAUGGCCAAAUAUCCACACAUACAAGAUCGGGUUCAGGAGGAGAUUGACCGGGUGAUCGGUGGACGGCAGCCGGUAUCAGAGGACAGGAAGAACUUACCGUAUACAGACGCUGUGAUCCAUGAAACCCAGAGAUUUGCAAACAUAGCACCCAUAAGUAUCCCACAUAUGACCAGCUGUGAUGUUCACUUCAAUGGAUACUUCAUCAAGAAGGGCACAUGUGUAUUUCCUCUUCUAAUGUCUGUGCUGUGGGAUGAGGAUGAAUGGGAAACCCCCCAGAACUUUAACCCCCAACACUUCCUGGACAAUCAGGGGCGAUUUGUGAAGAGAGACGCCUUCAUGCCCUUCUCUGCAGGCCGCAGGAUGUGUCUUGGAGAGAGUUUGGCCAGGAUGGAGCUCUUCCUGUUCUUCACCUCCCUCCUUCAGCGUUUCCGCUUCACUCCUCCUCCAGGAGUGUCUGAAGAUGAGCUGGAUCUCACUCCAGCGGUGGGCUUCACCUUGAACCCGACCCAACAUAAACUGUGUGCAGUCAAACGCUUGUGAAUUAUUUUAUAGUAAAGUUGAUGCAUUUUGUGUACAAUACAGCCUGCAUUACAUUUGUGUGUUCAUGCAUUAUAUGCAAGGUGAAAGCUCAGAAAUCAUGAUUGUUAAGCAUUCACCAAAAACACAAUGAAAAUUGUGUCAUUAAUCACUUCCAAACCAUCCAAGCAACCAUGUGCUGCAUCCAAGCUUCAUUCAUCUUCAGAACACAAGUUAACAUUUUUUAUUAUGUUAUUUAACAUAUGUACUUUUUGUACACAAAUAAAACAAAAGUAACGACUUUA